AGUAAUUCCUCUUCAGAUUCUCCCAGGAGUUUCGACCCCUGACCUCCAAGGAUGGAUAACGCCACAUACAGCUACAUGAACGACUGCACUCCGCUCACUAACUGUAAGUCCGGCCGUAAGGCUGGCGGCUCCACGGUGGUCAACAUGAGCCAUGCGGGCAAGAAGCCACCAAACGACUACCUGAUCUGGUCGCUCUGUAACACUCUUUACGUCAACUUCUGCUGCCUGGGAUUCAUGGCUCUGAUCUACUCCAUCAAGGCUCGAGAUCAGAAGACCUUGGGCGACAUGCGUGCAGCACAGGAAUGCUCAGACAAAGCGAAGUGGUACAACAUUCUGGCAUCGGGCUGGAAUCUCUUGAUUCCUCUGCUGCUGUUGGGUCUGCUGGUCCUGCUCGUGGUUCAUCUGGGCAGCUCAGAGGGAACGUUUGAUUUCUUCGGUGAAGACGGAUUCCAGAGCUUCAUGAAGCUCUUCAGCAGGUAGACAGAUCGACUCAAUCAAUCCCACCACCAAAAGCUCCUGCAAACCUUCUGGACUGUUCACCCUCUCUCCACUUUACCAGCACCAUUUCUUCAGCUGUGUGGUGAAUUUUAUGAGUUUUUUAUUUUUCAUAAUUAAUGUCAGUGUACUGUAUAUUAACUCAUAUCUACGCAGUUCUAUUUUGUGAAGUAA